AUGGCCCGCGGAAACUCCCCCCAGACCCAAGUCUUCUACAAGGGCAGCUCAGGCGACCAAUUCACCAUCUUUGUCGAGAGCGUAGAGGCGCUGCAGAAGUGGAAGGCUGACAGCAGCAUUCCUAUGGUUGAGGUUGUUGCUGGGUGGAAGGUCAUGGUACCCGAACACGGCAAGCAGGGUGUGCUCAACACGGCUUCCAAGCAGCAGCUAGAGAAUGAGUUUGGUGCUGGCGCGAAGGAGGAUGACAUCUUCAAGAAGAUCCUCCAGGAGGGUGACGUUCAGUCGAGCGAGAACUCUGAGCGCAUCGGCAUCACCAACGAGACUCAGGGCGGACGUCAAGCCCACUAA